AAAGGCAUCGAAGAAGCUUUGAAGGAGGUUAUUUGCACGGCACAGAUACCUAGAUCUCUUCUCCAAUCUCCCUUGCCCUUGCCUUUUGCCGCAAUUUAUUCCAUUUUCUUGUCAUUCUUAAAUUCUCAGUUGAUUCUCUCUUCUUCUUCUCUCCCUCAAUCUGUCUAGUCUUCCUCAAAUCCUUUUGUUGUUUCCUGCUGCUCUUUGUUUUCUUCCUUUCGUUAACCUUUUUGGUUUUUCUUUCUGCUGUUUUUCUUGUUUGGUUCGGAGCUUUGAGAGAUGGUGCUGUAAUCUUGGAGGUUUUCUUUGAGGCGGGAACUUCUUUACAGAACUGACGAGUUUGUGCUUUGGUGGAAACCAAGGACUAGAUUUUGUUUUGAGAAGAUCAGCCAAGAUACGUGACAUGAUGAACCCACGGGGUUUUUCUCCUUCAUCCUUCUUUUCCGAGGAGUUGUGCUUGUCUGAUGAGAGACAGGUUGCUGUAAGGAAGAUGGACCACAUUACUAGUUAUGCUGGUUUAAAGCCAGAUGGAAUAUUAAGAACGGAAGGUGUUGCUUCAUCCCCUCUUGAGAAUAGAAUCCCAUUGGAUUCGCAGAUGGCAAAGGGUUUUGCUCUUCCUGACUAUUAUCUCAGCCGUGGUCAAAAUGCUAACCUUUUGCUAGGGAAGCAUAUUGUUUCAGAAAGAGCAGCCAGUCGUUCCUUGCCGAGUGCUGUUGACCAUGAUCUAGGGUCUAGAACUAAUUUGAAUACCGAGACUGCAUCCUAUCUUUUUGAUGGAGAUAAGAUAAAUCUCAUGGGUGCGCAGUAUGAAAACGGUCUCUUUUCAAGCUCAUUGUCGGAUUUAUUUAGUAGGAACUUAAAAUUAUCAUCAAACAAUGCUGCAUACAGUCACUCUGUUGCUACUGCUGCUGCUCCUUCCCAUUAUGAGGAAGAAGAGGCUUUCGAAUCGCUUGAGGAAAUUGAGGCCCAAACUAUUGGUAAUCUUCUCCCUGAUGAUGAUGACUUGCUUUCUGGUGUGACUGAUGGGUUUGACAACAUUAUCCGACAUAAUAACGGGGAAGACAUGGAAGAUCUAGACCUAUUUAGCAGUGUUGGAGGGCUGGAACUUGGAGAAGAUGGCUUGCAAAGGAAUUCUGAACUUUCUGAUGUAAGUUCUAAUAAUCAGCUGGCAGUAUCUGGGGGUCUGAAUGGCGGGGAACACCCUUUUGGGGAGCAUCCUUCUAGGACACUCUUUGUUAGAAAUAUAAAUAGCAACGUUGAAGAUUCUGAAUUGCGAACACUUUUUGAGCAAUAUGGAGACAUCCGCACUCUGUAUACAGCAUGCAAGCAUAGGGGGUUUGUUAUGAUCUCAUAUUAUGAUAUAAGAGCAGCCCGCAAUGCAAUGAAAGCUCUCCAGAAUAAACCAUUAAGGCGUAGGAAACUUGAUAUACAUUUCUCAAUUCCUAAGGACAAUCCAUCAGAGAAGGAUAUCAACCAGGGCACCCUUGUGGUUUUCAACCUGGAUUCUUCAGUUUCAAAUGAUGAACUCCAUGAGAUUUUUGGCGUCUAUGGUGAAAUCAAGGAGAUUCGUGAGACUCCACAUAGAUCUCAUCACAAAUUUGUGGAGUUUUAUGAUGUCAGAGCUGCAGAAUCUGCACUUCGUGCAUUGAACAGGAGCGAUAUUGCUGGAAAGCAGAUUAAGCUUGAACCAGGCCGACCUGGUGGUUCCAAAAGAUUGAUGCAGCCUUUUUCUUCAGAGCUCGAGCAGGAAGAAUUUGGUCUUCUGUUGCAACAGAAUAGCCCUUCCAACUUGGCAACUGGAUUUUCUGGACCACUUUCACUUGCGGGUGCUGCACCGUGUACAGAUAAUGGAGCGAUGCUAGGCCCUCUCUCAACGAAUGGAGGCCCAAUUAAUCCACUCCUGGAUAAUGUGCUUCACCCUGGGGUAUCAUCUAGUGUACCCAACGGCUUACCAUCUCUAGUAAGAGUUGAGCCUGGGAAUCAAUCCAGUAUUCCCGAAUCUGGCCACCUGCGGAGCCACCUGAAAUUUGAGGUCCAGGGGACACCAAAUCUUCAUCCUCAUUCACUUCCUGAAUAUCAUGAUGGUUUAGCAAAUGGACCUUCCUUUGGUUCUCCAAGCAACAUCGCUGCAAGUAUGAGUUCACGACCACCAGAUAUGAUUGAUAGCCAACAAUUUCGCAGAGUUGGUUCUAAUGGGCAGUCAAUCGAGUUAAAUGAAGUUUUUGGUUCCUCUGGAAAUGGGAGCUGUCCACCUCCUGGGCGUCACUACAUGUGGAGUAAUUCGCAGCAUCCACAACCUCAGGCGGUUAUGUGGCCUAGUUCACCAUCAUUUGUCAAUGGGAUUGGUGCUGCUCAUCCGCAACAGUUGCAUGCAGUUCCUAGAGCACCAUCUCAUAUGCUGAAUGCUCUUCUACCUCUAAAUAACCAUCAUGUGGGAUCAGCACCAUCAGUCAAUCCUUCUAUCUGGGAUAGGCGACAUGCUUAUGCUGGGGAGUCACCUGAUGCCACUGUAUUUCACCCAGGUUCACUUGGGAACAUGAGAAUGUCUGGUAAUUCGCCACAUCCACUGGAAUUUGUCCCUCAUAACAUCUUUCCGCACGCUGGCGGAAAUUGUAUGGAUGUGCCAAUUUCUUCCAAAAACAUUGGAUUGCAUCCCCAUCACCAGAGGUGCAUGAUUUUUCCUGCAAGAGGCCAAAUCCUACCCAUGAUGAGUUCAUUUGAUUCUCCUAAUGAACGGACUAGAAGCCGCAGAAAUGAAGGCAGCUCGAGUCAAGCUGACAACAAGAAACAGUUUGAGCUUGACAUAGACAGAAUCGUACGAGGAGAAGAUAAGCGGACAACACUAAUGAUAAAGAACAUUCCUAACAAGUACACCUCAAAGAUGCUUCUGGCUGCAAUUGAUGAACGCCAUAGAGGGACUUAUGAUUUUAUCUACUUACCUAUUGAUUUCAAGAAUAAAUGCAAUGUAGGCUAUGCAUUUAUAAACAUGACUGAUCCAUCUCUCAUAGUUCCUUUUUAUCAGACAUUCAAUGGAAAGAAAUGGGAAAAGUUCAACAGCGAAAAAGUAGCAUCUUUGGCUUACGCUCGAAUACAGGGAAAGGCUGCGCUCAUUGCGCACUUCCAGAAUUCAAGUUUGAUGAAUGAAGACAAGAGAUGCCGUCCUAUACUCUUCCAUACUGAUGGUCCUAAUGCAGGCGAUCAGGUUCCCUUCCCAAUGGGCACUAAUAUUCGACCAAGACCUGGUAAAAUUCGAAGCAGCACCUCUGAGGAAAACAAUCAAGAUAACCCACCAAAUUCUCUGGUCGGGGAGGAAUACUCCAAUGGAGAUUCAUCUUCUGGUUCGGGCAAAGAUUCAGAUUGAGUUGUUGCCCCCUUUUUGUGAUCGCUACUAACCUUUCUAGAAACGAAUAUGGCCUAGUAAUUUACCUGAAAAAUUUUGUUUUUGUAUAUUAAUGCGUUGUGAACGGAACAGCGGACAGGGGUAGUGACAGGGGGAGUGAGGAAAAAGCACUACUGGUGAAUUUGGAAAAAUCUCUAGAGAUCGACUGAUUGCCUGACCAAAAACAUUGAAUUGUUCAUUUGUCGCACGGUUACCAUAGCAAAGGUGACAAAGGAGCAACACAUGGAGCUUCAAAAUUUUGGACGAUGAUUUUGAAUUCUGUUUGUAUAGAGUUUCUGAGUGACAGCGGAAUUAUGCUGUAUGGAGGAGGCUUCUCCUGCCGUUCCCUUUUUUCUCUCGGCGCUUUUUGUUCCUCCUUUCUGCCCUGUUUUUCAAUCUUCUCUUGUUUUUGGGCAGUUCGCUG